UUGAUCAUUCCAAUAUUGUCCUAAAUAUGUCAAGAGUCACGAAAUUUUUUCCAGUAAGUAGUUUUGUGCAACACACAACUAUGGUUUGAGCAAAUACACAAACUAUAUAUACGCCAUGGUCUGGAUGAUAUUAUCAUGGGAAUGACCAGUUAAUAUCUAGCCGGCGACAUCGACUGACUCAGAUACAUUGUCACAGAAAGUUUCCACUGCAUCCAUCACAAUCUGCGUCUCUCAGUGAGGGGGUAUUUAGGCAAUCUAAGCUAUCCAUAUUACGAAUAUCAAUUUGCAGCCACACAAGUCAUUUUCUUUGUUAUACCAGUCUACUCCACUUCGAUGCAAAUUGCACAUGUGGAAGGUCUAUGACGCAGCCUCGAUUAAUUCCUUGUCCUCGCUCCCAUAGUCGACUACAAAUAAAUACUCCAGAUCCAGAAGGAAGAAGCAGUAGCUGCAACUACUUUAGAAGGCCUUGCUGCUGGAAAGGCAGCUAAGCCAUGGAGGCGACUCCUCUCCUGUCGGCACACAAGAUGGGUGAAUUCAACCUGACGAACAGAGUUGUUCUAGCGCCACUGGGCCGGUGCAGGUCGUACGGGAGCCUUCCCCAGCCGCACAACGUUCUGUAUUACGAGCAGAGGGCGGCGCAGGGCGUCCUCCUCAUUGCGGAGGCCAACGCCGUGUCCGAGACCUCGCGGGGUUACCCACACAUGCCUGGCCUGUGGAGCCAGGAGCAGGUUGAGGCAUGGAAGCCAGUGGUUGACGUUGUGCACGCGAAAGGGGCCAUCUUCUUCUGCCAGAUAUGGCACCAUGGCCGUGUUUCGCCACCUGAGUUCCAACCUAAUGGGCAAGCUCCGAUCUCAAGCACGGAUAAGAAAGUCACACCUCAAGUUAUCCAUGAUGGCAGUAUCGUGGAGUUUGCGGCGCCUCGAAGUCUAAAAACAGUUGAAAUACCCGACAUUGUGAACGAAUUCCGCAUUGCCGCCAAAAACGCGAUAAAAGCCGGAUUUGACGGUGUGGAGAUCCACGCAGCCAACGGGUAUCUGAUUGACCAGUUCAUGAAGGAUGGCAUCAACGACCGCACCGACGAGUAUGGCGGCAGCCUGGAGAACCGCUGUCUCUUCGCUGCGGAGGUCAUUGUGGCCGUGGCUGCUGAGAUCGGUGCAGAUCGCCUCGGCGUGCGGCUCUCCCCAUUUGCCGACUACAUGGAUUGCGUCGACUCUGACCCAGAGGCGCUCGCGCUGCACAUGAUAUGCAUCAUGAACGGGAUCGGGAUCCUGUACUGCCACGUGGUCGAGCCUCGGAUGUGCGUUAACGAAAACGAUGGCAAAUUGAUGAUCCCACACCGCCUGCUACCAUUCAGAAAGGCGUUCAAGGGCACUUUCAUGGUGAAUGGAGGGUAUGACAGAGAAGAAGGGGACAAGGCCAUCGCCGACGGCUACGCCGACCUGGUCGCGUAUGGGCGGCUCUUCUUGGCAAACCCUGACCUGCCUGAGAGGUUCAGGAAGAACGCGUCUUUGAACAAGUAUGACAGGAGCACCUUUUACACCCCUGAUCCUGUUGUUGGCUACACAGAUUACCCUUUUCUUGAUGCUGAUGUUAAGGAAAUACUUGAGUGAAAAUUAUGUUCCGAUCACUCAAAUUUGUGGCCGUUUGAUUGGAGGGACUUAUCCUCACCAUCCGGAAAAUUUGAGUGAUACCAUCUUCCCAGUCA